UCGGCAAAUGAUUCUCUUUGGGAGCUCGCGGUGAGGGUUGAAUCGGAUGGUUUAUGAUUAGAGCUAAGACCUUGGUUGAGAGAGGAUAGGAAGAUAGCUGUACUUGUAUGGUCACUCGAGUACCGGUACGGUCGUACGAGUACGAGUAUUACACGGUACGGCACCCCCGGAAACGUUUGAUAUUAUAUAAGCCCCUUUCCCGAAAGAUUGCUCCUCACUCCACCCCUAUUGUGGUGUACACGCGCUGAAAUCGCAUAAUACGCUCUAGAGUACGGUACAAUAUUAUAUCAUACGGAAAAAAAAGACCUUCCUCCAUCCGGGGUGGGGGUCAUCGCCCGUCAACAUCCGUCGUAUACUCGUACUGGUACAAUACUCGAGUAGUGCAUCUCCUUCGGAGUUCCCCAGCCAAAACCAAAAACUGGGUUUCCCCUCAUUAGCGUUCAUCGGCCCUUCUACCGCACCAUCCCUCAUACUCUUAACUUGGGUAUUAUACACAAGCCCGAGAACGGUUCUCGAUGCAGACCCAUCUCACACUGUCUAUUCAACUUGCCCUGUGCAUCCGCUCUUCUACUUCCUCCUGUUGCCGAUCCAACCCCCCCCUCACCCCGCUGGCUUUGCUAGCUAGUCCUUCUGCGGUUGGUCCUGCGUUUUAUUAUAUUUCAUUUUUUUCGGAAAAGAAGCAAUUCCUGCUCCGUCUGCCGUUUAUGCUCUCCCCCGGGCAUGGGUUCCACAAUCAAUUGACCCAUCUGGGGACAACGCGGACACCCCGAUCUUUGAUUUGGGGCUGCCCGGGCGUGCGCCGGUAUUCCUUGCUUGCGGUGAGACGUCGGUUGAUCAAAUAAUUGGGGUAUGAUACCUACCGUAUUCUGAGGGCAACCGUUCAGGUACAGUGCCCCUACUCGAGUAGCCCACACCGAGUCUUGAUUACCUCAGAGAAAGAAAGGGUGAGGGGCAAGGUUGUUUUAUUUUAUUUUUAUUUUUUAUGAUAACAUCUUGGCUGUUUUCUUUCUGCCGGCGCAUGCAGUAUUAUACCUUCAUUCCCGGGCAAACGCUUGGGCUCAUGCUAGUGGGGAUUUUUGGGGCGUGCUACUUUAUCCUUUACAUGCAGACCCACUGCUUAACUCAUUCUUCGUUAUCUCGACCAGGAUCACUCCUUCG